GCGGCGCACAAAAACAAACCCAGACACACAAACAGGCGCACACAUCCCCAUAGCCCCCAAAAACCAAAAAAAAGAGGAGCAAAAAAAGAAGAGAAGAAGAGAAAAAAAAAAUCCCACGCCGCGUUGGCUCGCGAUCCCCUCCUCCCCCCUCCCCUGUCGAUUUGCUCCCCGGUGGUGGCCGCCCACGACGAACCCCCGCGCCGCGCGCGAUUCGAUCGCUCCUUCCGGAUUCUGCUCCCGGACUCGGAUCUCCUCCUCCUCGUCGAGCUCCUCCCGCCACUGCCCGUGUAGGUCUACCUGAGUUUGGGGGGCGGAGGGGGGGAGGGGAGGGGGAGGUGAUGGGGAUUGGCCGGGCGCGCUGGGUGGCGCUGCUUGUCGGCCUCGCGGCAGCGGCCGUGGUGGCGACGUUGGGUGCGUCCGAGGGCGACGCCGAUCCGCUCUACAGAGCCUGUGUUGACGAAUGCGAAAAGACGGGUUCCCUCCGAGAGACCUCCGUGAGGCACUGCCAAGUUCCAACUGAUGACCAUCCUGCUGAUAAAUCAUGGUACGCACAUGAACCAUUGUACUUGCAGUGGAAAGAAUGGAACUGCAAGAGUGAAUGCAGAUACCACUGUAUGAUGGAGAGGGAAAGUGAAAGGGAGCAACUUGGAUUAGGGUCAGUUAAGUAUCAUGGCAAAUGGCCUAUGAAGCGUGCAUCUGUGUUUCAGGAGCCUAUUUCUGCUGCUCUUUCCGCGCUCUCUCUCCUUGUACAAUUUAAUGGGUGGCUAUCUUUUUUCCUCCUGCUUUCUUACAAGCUGCCUCUUAGGCCUGAAACUCAAAUGACAUACUAUGAAUACACUGGCCUAUGGCACAUUUAUGGUCUUCUGGCCAUGAAUGCAUGGUUUUGGCGUGCCAUCUAUCACAGUUGUGAUACAGUUUGGACAGAAAAGUUGUAUUAUUCAUCAUUUGCUGCUUUUAUUGGGUACUCCCUUAUCUUGGCAAUAUUGCGAACUCUAAAUCUGAAGGAUGAAGCUUCCAGAGUGAUGGUGGCAGCUCCAAUUCUGGCAUUCACAACAACUCAUAUUUUGUAUCUCAAUUUCUAUGAACUUGAUAAAGGCCUAAACACAAAGGUUUGCACUGCUGCUAGCCUUGCUCAGUUCCUCCUAUGGGCAGUAUGGGCUGUCAUGACAAAACAUCCUUCAUGUUUUAAGAUCUUGUUUGUCAUUAUUGGAAACGUAUUCUCAAUAGUCUUGGAAACCUAUGACAUACCACCACGUUGGGGAUAUGUUGAUGGCCGUGUAUUUUGUGUUGCUAUUUCUAUUCCCCUCACAUAUCUCUGGUGGAAAUUUGCCAAGGAAGACGCUGAGAUGCGCACUUCAACAAUCAUCAAGAAAACAAGGUAGUGUUCAGCACAAGUGAAUAGCACAAGGAUUUGAGCCUAUGUGAAAUCUUAUGCUCGAGAUUCAGUCUUACCUUGUAAAAAUUUGAUCGUUCAUGUUCUUUCUAGGCAGCUUGUGAAUUAUGUUUUUUUCCAUCCCUUUUUGCCUCAGCUCAGAGGUUUAGGGUUAAUGCUUAGGGUGUGACUAGUCACUUUAUAUUCAUUUUCUUGUAAUCCCGACAGUGUAACACGGUAUGCUUGUAGCUGUGGUAAUGUAACAGAGGAACGUAGAUUCGAAGCUUUCUGAAUGUAUCAUUGUGAUCUGUGGCAUAAUAAUAAUUCUGGUUCAUGAAAGCA